AUGAAAGGAUUCAAAAGCAGAGUACUUUCAAGAGCAAAGUCGUCUAAUGAUUCUAAUAAAAGCUCUCAAAAUGCAAAAAGAAAGGAUCUAAAGGAGGCACUUGGGUUUUCAGAUAAAAAAUCGGACAAAGGGCUUAAAUUAAAGGAUUCUUUUCGUCAUCUAGCUCAAACUGCAUUUUCUAUACCUGCUACUCAGACAUCGACUACAAGUAUUCCAUUGUAUAUAACUUCUAGUCCUAAGCAUGUAAUGUCAUCAGCAGCAUCAGAGAGUAUUUCUGGAGAUCUUAGUUUACUUAAACAUGGGACAAAAGCAGGUGCUUUCGAAAGGCUACAAACGACGCCUAAAGAUAGUACGGCUUUGGAAACAAUAAAAACACCAAAGAGGAACACUUCCUCAAGGUUUAGAAUAUCUACUGAACGCGAGCUUCAAAAAUUACCUUCUUUUCAUGGUUUAUCAUUUAAUAUAAAUAAAACAUUUGAACUAACAUGCCUUACAGAAGUUCCUUCAAACAACAGAGAAGAUCUUUUUAUGAAGAAGCUUAAUCAGUGUAAUGUUAUUUUCGAUUUUACUAAUGCUUCAAUGGAUAUACGGAGUAAAGAAAUCAAAAGAGAAGCGUUACAUGAGUUAUUAGAAUAUGUAACAAAUAAUAGAAAUGUUAUUACUGAACCUAUUUAUUCUAAAGUUAUCGAUAUGUUUUCAACAAAUCUGUUUCGACCUAUUCCACCUCCCGUAAAUACAUAUGGAGAAUGUUAUGAUCCGGAAGAGGAUGAUCCAGUUUUAGAAGUGGCGUGGCCUCAUCUUCAGAUGGUUUAUGAGUUUUUUCUUCGGUUUAUAGAAUCACCUGAUUUCAAUACUAAUCUUGCAAAAUCAUAUAUCGAUCAUCAUUUUAUACUUCAACUGCUCGAACUUUUUGAUAGUGAAGAUCCUCGAGAAAGAGAUCUUCUUAAGACUACUCUUCAUAGAAUUUAUGGAAAAUUUCUUACUUUGCGAUCUUUUAUUAGAAAAUCUAUUAACAAUGUCUUUUUUCAAUUUAUUUAUGAAAGCGAACGAUUUAAUGGAAUUGCGGAGUUAUUGGAAAUAUUAGGAAGUAUUAUUAAUGGAUUUGCUCUUCCGUUGAAAGAUGAACAUAAAUCGUUUUUGAUGCGUGUAUUGUUGCCGUUACAUAAAGUCAAAUCUAUCUCUAUGUACCAUCCUCAGUUAUCAUAUUGUAUUGUGCAAUUUUUAGAAAAGGAUCCCAGUUUAACUGAAGAAGUUAUUCUUGGUCUUCUUCGAUUUUGGCCGAAAGUAAAUAGUACAAAAGAAGUAUUAUUCUUAAAUGAAGUAGAGGAAAUAUUUGAAGUAAUGGAACCAUCAGAAUUUGUUAAAGUACAAGUCCCUUUAUUCCAACAAUUAUCAAAAGCAAUUUCUAGUCAACAUUUUCAGGUAGCAGAACGGGUUCUGUAUUACUGGAAUAAUGACUAUUUUUGUAAUUUCGUUAAUGAUAAUAUUGAUGUUAUUCUUCCUAUUAUCUUUCCUGCAUUAUAUGAGAACUCUAAGAUGCAUUGGAACAGAACUAUCCAUGGAAUGAUAUAUAAUACUAUGAAAAUGUUUAUGGAGAUUAAUCCUGCAUUAUUUGACGAAUGUUAUAAUGAUUAUACUUUUUCUCAAGAAGAAGCUGAAAUAAAAGAUAAAGAACGAAGAGACAUGUGGUUAGCUUUAGAAAUUAUGAGUAAUUCGGGAGGGAAAGAUUCAUAUGAUAAUAUAGAGAUUCUUUCAAAAAACUUUAGAGAAACUCGUAGACCACUUGAACAAUCAAUAGAGAAUUUACGCUUAGAUGAUCAUAAAUAUACGCAGGACACAUCUAUUGUAAAAUCAACAAAAAUUGAUAGUGAGACAGAUAAUAACCAAAUUAACGCAAAUAUAAAACAUUUUCUUUAA